CGGAUAUGUUUGUAAACAAGAAGAAGUAGUUUUUGUGCUUUUGUUUUGGUCGGGCUUUUUUACCCUUUUAUUGGGAUAAAUCAGAGAAGGUUCUCUUGAACGAUGUCAGGCUUUGGAUUAGAAGAAAUAGGAAUCCCUGGGGGAGUUUACCUCAAGGAGUCCUUAACACACUGUACAGAUCCCUUAAAAGCCAUUGAAGAAUUUCAGGUGGAAAAUGGGAUCCUCCUACCAUCUCUCAGGCCUAUGUUGCAUCUAUUGGAUCUUCAUGGAGUUAAAAGACUUGACUUUCACAACUCUAUCAUGGAGGAAUUGCGAGAUAAGUUGAUUGCACAGAUUAGUGAGCUCGGGAAGAGGGAAGGCAGGGAAAGGGAUCGCAAACUGAAGGAACUGCUCACCAAAAGUUUUCCAGUCAUCAAAAUCAAAGCACUGCGGCCUGUUGUCAUGUGCAUUUUGAAGCACAUGUCGCAUGUAGAAGACAAAUACCUCAAGAUUUUGGUGCGGGACAAAGAACUGUAUGAGGCAUGUGACACAGAAGUGAAGCGACAGAUCUGGAAGGAUUCUCAGGCUUUGUUUGGUGAUGAAGUAUCUCCACUUCUGACAGGCUACAUCACCAGCAAGGAAGAUACAUUAUUUAAUGUAGAGAACCUGAAUAACUUAUUCUUCAGUCCCUCACCUAAGGCUAGACGACAAGGCGAAAUGGUACAGAAGCUUGUUCACAUGAUUGGCAAGAAUGUGAAGCUCUAUGACAUGGUUCUUCAGUUUUUAAGAACUCUGUUCUUACGAACUAGGUUUAUUCAUUACUGCUCUCUACGAGCAGAGUUGCUGAUGGCUCUGCAUGACAAGGAAGUCCAUGAUAUUAUUGCUGUUGAUCCUUGUCACAAAUUUACCUGGUGUCUGGACGCAUGCAUUAGGGAAGGCAAAGUUGAUGCCAAAAGGUCUCGAGAACUUCAGGGCUUCUUGGACAGCAUUAGACGAGGCCAAGAACAAGUACUUGGUGACUUGUCAAUGAUACUAUGUGAUCCAUAUGCCAUCAACUUUUUAGCAAAUUCUGUGAUACGGUUGUUGCAGCACUUGAUGAACAAUGAGGCAAUGCCAAGGGAGAAUGCAGUCCUGGUGCUAAUGCUGAGAAUGUUAGCCCUUGGCCUUCACAGCUGGGAUAUGAUUGAAAGUCAGGUGUUUAGGGAACCAAAACUGGAUCCCCAGAUUGUGACAAAGUUCUUGCCAGCUUUAGUAUCCUUGAUGGUGGAUGAUGAUGUAAGAAGACUGAAUGCCAAGCUUCCUCCUGAUGAGAGGGAGUCUGCUAUUACCAUUAUUGAACAUUCAGGUCCCCCACCGGAUGCUUAUCAAGCUUAUUUACAAGAAAGCAGUGUGGCUUGUGUUUUAGCCAUGUAUUACACAUUGCAUACUGCAACACGUAAAGACAAGACAGCUCUCAUGAGAGUUUUGGGUACAUUAGCCACCUGCCACCAAGAUAGAGCAUUUCAAGAUACUUUCCUUCACUCUUUGGUAGCAGCACUGAUCCCAAUGGCCGAUGAUUUCUCAACCGAGGACUUCUGCACAGUGGUGUUUGAUGAGUUUUUCUUUACAAACAUCAGCAGGGAAAAUGUGAUGCGUCAUGUUAUGAAGCUUGUGUGGUACAUUCAUCCUAAACUACCCCCAGCUCGUCUUGACACUCUGAUGAAAGCACUGCAGCCUGGACCUCACUCGAGUGAAUCAAGCCAGAACCUGUACGACAAAUUCCAAAACAGAGUACAGGAGUUCCAGGACGGGCAGAAUCAGCCGGCUCCAUUAAACGAAAUGGAUUCCCCUCUUAUGGCUGUACCAACCCCAGCACCCAUUCAGUGAACUUGACAAGGAGUGAUAUCACCUCGAAGUUUCUUUGAAAUAAAGAAAGAUUGUACACUAACCACUAUGUGUUUGAAAUUGCAAUAUGUACAUUCAAAAAGAACACAUGCUGAACUUAGAUGUUGAUUUUACGUUAAAAAAAUAAUCCAGAUUUAUAUAUCGUACAAGGACCAAAGAAUUUUACUUUAUAAAUUCUUUGCAAUAAAGAUCUUACAAAA